CACUCUCACUGGCUUAAGAAGAUCUAUAGCCUCCUCUAUCCAUCUGUGGACUGUGGUCAAACAUGUCUGUUCCAAUGACAAGACUUGCAUUUUUCCUGGCUGCAUUGGCUGGAGUUUGGGUUCAAAUCUACCAAGCCCAAAGUAUCCAAAUGCGUUGCACUUGUGCAAAAAGUGUGAAAUAUGCAACCAACAUAACAGAUUUUAAAGUUAUAGAGAGACGGUCGGGUUGUGAUAAACCUGAACUUGUUGUUACAGUAGCUGUCGGUAACAACUCAACUGAACUUUGCCUUAGCCCGGAUGGAAAGUUGGCUAAAGCUUUCUUCAGAUGUUGGGAAAAAAACAAAAACGAGACCCGUAAGCAUGAGUGCAUUGACCGAAAGAAGAAGCCAGAGAAGUGACUGCGCAGGGGGUGAUGGGAGAAUAUCCAGCAUGAGGGGCCCUUUUUGGGGCAGAUGUAUCCGGAAAAGUGUCCUGAAGUUGGGGGAAGAGGUCUGGAUAAGGGGCGCUUUGGGACAGGACCUGAGGGAAACUUGUGGGAGGACAAUGAUUAACAUCUGGAGCAGUAAAAAAACAUGAGAUGUGUUUAAAAAGCAGCCAGUCUGUGUGUGAAGGCUACAUGUUGAAAUGCACUGUAAUGUUAAGGAAUAUAGUUAUUUAUCAGAGCUAUUUAUUAUCAAAUAUUUUAUACGAUUUAUGCAAAUGCAGCACUGUAAAUAAGUGUUUUUGAUAACAUUUUUGAAUUAUAACUUUUUAAUAGUGAGCCAUUGUAAGCAGUGUAUUUCCGGACCAGCUUUAACCACUCUUUAUUUUUAUUUUUUUUACAUAUUUGUCUUGAAAGAUUGUAUUUGCUACUGUAGUCUAUACUGUUUUCUUGUGCUUAUCCAUAGGCAGGGAAAGUUACACAAUGUCAUUAGACAAAGUAGCAGCUGGUCUGCUGUAUUUGCCCUUACAACUUAAUGUGGCCAUUUUAUUUUUUAUACGCAUACAUUCUUUUUAAUAAAAGUGGUUUUGA